AUGGCAACCACUUCUCUUCCAAGACUUGUUGUGUUUAACGUCCCAAAAGCCGGUACAAACACUUAUGUAUACCGCAAAGACGAUGGGUCUGUUGUUGAUGGAGAAAACGACAAGUUCAGCGAGCUCGUCAAGAUCGAAGUUGAACGAUCAAAAACCAAUAACGAACGCAUUCAUCUCCGAUUUUCUCAUAAAAACAGAUAUUGGCAAAAAAACGCAAGUGAUGACUCCAUCGUGGCGGUAUCAAACAAGCCUGAGGAGGAUACCACGAAGGCGUCCUGCACGCUCUUCGAGCCCGUCCAGCAAUCGGACAAUGUGGUCUACUUGACUCACAUCCAGACCGGUUGGCGCGUGAUGCUGAACAACUCCACGGGGGGUUUCUACGUGGACAAAAACAGUGUGGGCGCGCCUCUGGGGUUUGUGGACUGGGACACAUUGGUCAAACUGCCGAAACACGUGGCAUUUUUAGGAGACAACGGGAGAUACCUCAAGGCACUUGGACAUAAUGGGUUCAAGUAUCUCCAGUUCGGAAUCGACGAUCCUAACGACAUCUUAUCAGGCAAUGAAGUCUCACUGAUGCGCGACGGCCACGUCCGGAUAAAGUCUGAUCUCUGGGGUUCGUACUGGCGGUGGGCCUCUAAUUGGAUUUACGUGGAUUCCGACGACGUCACGGCCAACAACAAAAGCACUCUCUUCUGGCCGGUCAAAAUCAACGAAAACACGAUCGCGCUGAGAAGCGCUGGCAACGGCCUUUUCUGCAAGCGCCUGACGGAGGACGGGAUGGAAAGUUGCCUUAACGCGGGGGUGAGCAACAUCACGAGCGAGGCGAGAUUGCAAGUGCAGGAGCUGGUGAUGGAGAGGAAGAUCUACAACGUGACGUAUCGGAUGGAGGAUGCCAGGAUAUACGGGGAGGCGCCUUAUUUGGCCAGGACCAUGAUACGAGAGUAUUAUAAAUAG